UAACAACAAUGAAUUAAAAUUUCACCCGACUUUAAAGAGCUACAUCAUUUAAAGUGGCAUACAACACAGCGGCAGCACAUGCUUACGAUAAGUUAUGUAAUCGUGUGUUGAUUUGGACACUAAUAAAGUUAUUGUUACAGUCAUCUUUAUUUUUUUUGGUGUGAACUAUCUGUUAAAAACUCUUUAGAACACAUUAGCAACCACCCUUGUAGCAGGUGCUUAAACCACUCCAAACACCUUAGUAACUGCAUAGUAACACCCUGGCAACCACCCAGAAAAUCCUAGUAACACCAUAGUGACGGGAUUAAAAACUAUGCAGAACACUUUAGCCAUAUAGCAGCAUACUGGCGACCUUUCAAAACAAUGUAGUAACCAUAUAGCAACGCCUUAGUAACCAUAUAGCACCACCUUGGCAACCAUGCAAUGGAACCAUGUAAAUGCUAAAAAUCUGUCAAAACACUUUAGCAACACCCUGGCAACCUUCAGGACACUAUAAACACUGUAUAGCACUUGCUAAAAGUGAUUCAGAAACAUUUGCAACUGUAUACCAAUGAACUUUUCUACAGAUAAGCACCAUUCAUUUUCUUCAUAUUUUAAAAUUUAGCUUGUAUCUCACUUUUCACAGAACCCGUACAUCCUUGACCAGACCCCAACGGCGCAAACUGAUGGUAUGGCACCAAUGCAUUCCAUGCGAGGCCAAAAAGUGGCAUCUCAGCGACGUGGACAGUCAUCUGUAGCUCCCCAGAGACUUCAUCCUCAGCAGACUGGAACAGAAUAUCUGGAGCGCUUCCUGGAAAAGCCAAAGCUGGUGGUGGUAGAGCAGCCGAAGGAGCGCGGCAUGCGGUUUCGCUAUGAGUGUGAGGGACGAUCCGCGGGCAGCAUACUUGGAGCCUGCAGCACUGACUCCAGCAAGACGCUGCCUGCCAUUGAAAUUCAAGGCCCCAUUGAUAAUAUCAAGAAAGUGAUAGUCACCGUGUCUCUUGUGACAAAGGACAUCCCGUACCGCCCACAUCCACACUGCUUGGUCGGGAAAGACUGUGCAGAUGGCAUCUGUGUCAUCCACAUCAAUCCCCACAGCGCUCGUCGACACAGCUUUGCGAAUCUGGGCAUCCAGUGUGUGCGGAGGAAGGAACUUGAUGCCUCACUGCAGAAGAGGAGGAAUAAGAAUAUUGAUCCGUUUAACACGGGCCACUCUAAGAGCAUUGAGGACAUGGACAUGAACGUGGUGAGACUGUGUUUCCAGUGUGAGCUGGAACUAAAGGAUGGAGACCGAAUCCCCCUUGCCCCUGUGGUUUCCAAUCCCAUUUAUGACAAGAAGGCGACCACAACAGCAGAGCUGAAGAUCAAUCGGCUUAAUGUUGUCAGAGGCCCCUGCACAGGAAAGACUGAAAUUUACAUGCUCUGUGACAAAGUGCAGAAAGAUGACAUUGACAUAAUCUUCAGCAAGGACGACUGGGAGGCCAAGGCGGAGUUUGCUCAGACUGAUGUCCAUCGACAAAUCGCCAUCGUCUUCAAGUCCCCACCCUUCAGGGAGCAGAAUGUAACCGAGGAGGUGGAGGUCAGCGUGUGUCUACGCCGCGUGUCUGACCGGAUGGACAGCGAGCCAGUCAUGUUCACCUAUGUUCCAGACAACGCAGAUCCCUACGGAGUGAACCGCAAGAGGAAAAUUAAAUCUGAUGUGAAGUUCAGCGAGCCAUGCAGCGUUCCUCAAGAUCAAGACAUUGUGAACGAACUCACCAUGCCACAACAUUUUGAGGACCAAUUCUACACCCCUCCCGAUUGUAACGUUCCCAAUGCUUCCAUGGCAGUCCCUGUUAUGGAUGGAGGCAAUCACAUGCCAUCCCAGGUUAUGGAGGAAAUUCAUUAUAAUGAAGACUUCAAACAAGAGGACGGUUGUGUUAGCCUGGACCCAGACACUUUAGAUACUGUCCUCCAAGGCAUUUCCCAAUGCCUUGCCAGCUUCAGACCAGACCAAUCCCAGCAAGGUUCAGACCAGCUUCUUAAUCAGUUGUUUUUUCCUGGCAAUCUCAACUUUGGUUUAGAUGGCGCAGAUACGAAAUUGAACGUCAAUCAACCUAUGAUGAACAUGUCGUCUAUAAACGACGUGCACUUCAGUCAGAUGGUGAAUGAGAAUCAGGCCUAUCCAGCAGAUCUGGAGAACAUCGAAGGCCUCAUUUUCUCCACUGUGAAGAACGAGAAUGACCUGGGCCACUGAAUGCCACUGUGGACUCUUAUGUCUUGACUAUUGGGACUUUGUACAUGCAGUCAAUGUUGACUAUAAAAUCAUUUUGGACUAGGCAAAGACACAGACUAAGUCAAACUUGUUAUUGACUGCCAAACCUGUUCAGCUGGCACUAUCUGACUUCCUGUUUGGUAGUAUGAACCUACUAAUGAAAUAAAUAACCUGCUCAGCCUCUGGCCUUAUGAAUGGACAAGACACUGAGGUUAAUGAUAGUCAAUGAAAGGCAGGAGAAGCAUGUAGCCACAUUGUGUAUUCUAGUAAAAAGGGAGCAACAGCUGCUGCUCAACUGCUUGUGAUGUGCCGGUUAUGAAAUGUGAUCUGUCAUUCGCUAAUUUAUUGUGUGGGUUUCAGAGCAGAACCUAUUAGUAUCAUGUAGAUGGUCCCAGACCCAAAUUCACUUCAUAUUUAAGUGUUAUAUAUAACCUAUUUGUUUUGAACAUUUCGGAAUAUUUCAUCCACAGAGGAAUUUCAGUUAACAGCAUUAAGGGAACAAAAUCAGACAUUUAAACAUAAUUCGGAAGUAGCAGUUGGAUUAAUUAUUGUAAUUCAUACCAAUCUGAUGCCAUGAUCAAGCUAGGUAUGACAACAUGGUAAAAGCCAUUUCUGCCAUCUAAUCGGCAACAAUUCAAAUCCUCCACUGAAUCCUCUGACGUUUGUAACUCCUGAUUUAAAAAAAAUAGUGCAUUAUUGUGAUAUUUGGUUUACCAGUUGGCACUAUGCUACACUGUUAGGAGCUGUUCACACAGAACACGUUCUUCAACUUCACUGCGACGCUUUCCUAUGUAAACAUGCACAAGACGGAUGUGUUUGACCAUUGCACUUUUGUCUUGUGCAGCGUAUUGUGCAUGACACAAUGUUCUAAAAACACGGCACUCAAGUUAAAAAAGUUCAGCUAGGGCUGCACAAUUAAUAAAAUUUCUAAUCGCAAUUACAAUUACGGAUGCC